AUGAUGGUCUUCUAUUUGACAUCGCUACUUUUUUUGGCGAUACAAGGAGGUGUAGCGACAGAGUGCGAGGGAAAGGAUGGAGUGAACUUAACUUGUAAAUUUCUAGAAGAUAUAAACUCAACACAAACAGAUUUUUCAGUGUAUUUUGAUCCCGACAAUGGGUCUCAAGAGACGCUGGUUGACUGUGCGUGGGUAAACAAAAAGCUCGACUGUAUCGAGCAGCAGGGAGUCAAAUGCUUACAGCCUGUGUCAAACUAUGCAGUAAUUAGUGUAUCCCCUCGAUUUACAAACAAAACUGGAAGUUUUACAUGCAAACCUGAUGGAUACCGCCUUGAGAGCAUCAAACCUUGUCGUUUUAUUGAAACCAAAGGAAGUGGACAGAAUGCAUCAUGUGAGGUCCAAACGGCAAUGGUGGAAGACACUCUGAUUGUAAAUUGUACAUUUUCCAUGAAAAUCGAAAGUUUUAAGAUCAAGAUGAAUACAACUGACCUCGCCUACUUUACAAAGGUAGAUUGUCAAAGCUCAGAUGUAUGUCGCCAUCAGUCUGGAGCUCGCGAAGAUUUCUUUACUGUGAAAUUGGAUCAUCCAGGGAAGCUGUACGAUGAGUAUAGUUGCCACCCAGAGAAUCCUGCACCUCAGCUUAAAGUCAGAGAAUGCAGUCUAUCUAAAAACACACACAUUGAAAGUAAUACUCCACUAAAAAAAUUUCUUUUAUAA